UCAAUCAGUCAUGACAAAAAUGUAAUCCUCUCUCUCUCUCUCUCUCUCUCUCCACAUGGAACUGAUAUUUACAAAUCUCUUCCGAAAAUCCUCAUUUCCCCUCCUCUGUUAUCCACACUUCAUCUCCAACGGAGAGUCUCUCUGUCUCUCUCUCUCUUUCUCUCUCUAGUUCGUCGUAAAUGCAGAGCGGCGGAGCCUGCGAACCCUGACAACAAUUUAUCCUUUUUCUUUCUGCUGUCUGCGUUAAUUCAUUAGUACUACGCUGCAUACCUAAUUACCUAUACUUCCUUUUGCUCGAGAACCGAAUUCAAAGACUGAAGCAGCCAGCAGAAGAAGAAAAUUUCUAUACGUAUAUAAUUAUUUUAUAUUAUUAUUGUGUUAUUAUAGCAGAAAUGCUUGAAACAGUGAAAUACCUGAUCGGCGCCGCCGGAGCGAGCGGCUACGGCUCCAAGUCCACCGCCGAGGGAGUCACCGAGAGCUCCGAUCUCCACUCCGUCACCGCCAUCAUCACCGGCGCCACGUCAGGGAUCGGCGCUGAGACGGCUCGCGUAUUGGCCAAGCGCGGGGCCAGGCUUGUGCUGCCGGCUCGCAGCCUCAAAGCUGCCGAAGAAACAAAGUCGCGCAUCGUGUCGGAGUGUCCGGAUGCCGAGAUCGUCGUCAUGGCGCUCGAUCUUAGCUCUCUCGCUUCCGUCCGAAGCUUCGUAUCUGAGUUCGAGUCCCGAGAUUUGCCUCUCAAUCUCCUCAUAAACAACGCCGGGAAGUUCACACAUGAGCAUGCUAUCUCCGAAGACGGAAUCGAGAUGACUUUCGCUACUAAUUAUUUAGGUCAUUUUCUGUUGACGAAGCCGCUGCUGAAGAGAAUGAUUGCGACGGCGAGGUCGACCGGUGUCCAAGGGCGAAUCGUGAACGUGUCAUCCGGCAUUCACGGCUGGUUCGCCGGCGACGUGAUCCGGUCUCUCGAUCUGCUCACCAGCGACAGAAGUCAGUACGAUGCGACGCGUGCGUACGCUCUCUCGAAGCUCGCGAACAUCUUGCACACUAAGGAGCUCGCGCUGAGAUUGAAGCAAAUGGGGGCGAACGUGACCGUGAACUGCGUUCAUCCGGGGAUCGUGAGGACGCGACUCACCAGAGAGCGAGAAGGCAUUGUCACAGAUCUUGCUUUCUUCUUCAGUUCCAAGCUCUUGAAGACGAUUCCUCAGGCAGCGGCGACGACGUGCUACGUGGCGACGCACCAGAGAGUGGAGGACGUGUCGGGGAAGUACUUCGCAGACUGUAACGAAGCUUCGACGUCGAAGCUGGGGUCCAGCGCGACGGAGGCCGCGCGGCUGUGGUCUGCUUCCGAAAUCAUGGUUUCCGAUACUCCCACCCCACUUUUCCAUCUUCCACUCCCCCACGGCUGAUCAAUUUUCGUUUUCUUUUUCUAAUAAAUAUUAAUUAACUAAAGCAAAGAAAUCAGCAGAAGAUGAUUAAUUAAAAAAAAGAGAAGAAGAAUGAAUUAGGCCAAGGAAACGAAAAAAAAAAAAACUAUUUUCUUAAAUUGUGGGGGAAGCUUAAAGCUUAGGCUUUAGUUGAUGGCUAUAUUUGUGUAGAAGCCUAGCCUAGCCUAGCCUAGCCUAGAAGGAAGGAAGGAAAGUAGGCUGAGGACGUACAUAUACGGUGGCUUAUACAGCUAGCUUCGUAGUAUGUAGCCGUACGUAUAUAGUAUAGUACAUUGUAUAAUUAUAAGUACGUGCAGGGCAAGUUCUUAACUGCCAUUUUGUCCCUUGCUGGAGGGAUUAGUUAUCUAAUUACUUGUAAGAAUUAUAUAUCUUUUUCUAAUGAAUGUAGAUUAGAGCUC